GUUGAAAUCGCAGAGUGCUGAGCAAACCCCGGCACUGAGGGAGCGAAGCGAAGGGGGAGUGACCGCAGCAUGAGCCUGUAGACCCGCAGACCUGGACUGAAAACCUUCUGCCUGUUUCCCCUCGGAGGGUCCGAUUCUGUUUCCAUGAGUGCUGCAAGUGUGCUCACGUCCUUCAGUCCAUCCGCGAUGCCUGGCCCCGUGAUGACAGACGUGGCGAUGAGGUUCUACAUCAGCCACUCUCCGCCUCCUCUGCGGAGCUUCAUCAGCUCCUAUGGCGACCUGCAGCGGCCCAAGAACCGGGCCACCCAGCCCAGCGCCCGCAGCCGCAGCCAGCAGCUCUACAAGCCGCUGCGGCCCUGCCUCAGCGGCCAGCGCCGGGCGGCCGACGACGGCGCCCACGUGGCCUGGGCCAAGAAGAAGCCCAUGAAGAAGAGCGUUGUGUUCGCCGACACCAAGGGCCUGUCGCUCACCGCCAUCCACGUUUUCUCCAAGUUCGACGACGAGCCGUUCCAGAACAAGCCGGUGGACGGGAUCGCGGAGGAGCUGCAGUUCGAGAUGAGCGACCUGGAGAACGCCACCAUGGACCUGAAGAUCAGCUCGGUGCGCAGCCUGGCGCUCGACUUCAAGCAGCCCUCCUCCGACUACCUGGACUUCCGGAACCGGCUGAUCCGGAACUGCGUCUCCCUGGAGAACUGCUCGCUGCAGGAGCGCUCGCUGAGCGGCACCAUCAAGGUCCGGAACGUGGGCUACGAGAAGUCGGUGCAGGUCCGGGUCACCUACGACUCGUGGUCGACCUUCAGCGACGUCGACUGCAGCUUCCUGAACAACGUCUACGGCUGCCAGGACACCGACACCUUUGCCUUCGAGCUGGAGCUCCCGGCGUGCACCCCGCCCCAGAACCGAAUCGAGUUCUGCAUCUGCUUCAGGGUCCAGGGCCAGACCUACUGGGACAAUAACGAAGGCAAGAACUACCCUCUGAAGCACGUCGGCUGGAGCGGAGAGGACAUGAGCAGAGACUCUGCGGCGCAGCAGAAACCGCCGGAGCACAAAGCCGGGGCCGCCAAGGUCCCGGAGCUGGAGUUCGACCAGUUCGGCAGCCCACGCAUGUCCAGCGGACUGUUCCCGGGCUGGCAGAGCUGGGGUCACAUCGACAACACCGUGCCUUACUGGUGAGCGCGCCAGAGCCAGCUCCGGGUCUGAGUCCGAUCGACUCAAAGCAAACUGGACCUGAAGAUACAAAACCCAGACAAAACCCCGAGGUCAACUGACCUGCUUUCAGCCGGAACCGCUCACUGGGCCGGUCAACGAUUAAACUGGAGGAGCAGGAGGGAAGUCCGGCGGAGAACCAGCUGAAUACAACUGUAAAAUAUGUUGAAACGUGCCUUUUCUCUGUGCCUGCUCACUAAAAUAAAGACUCUUAGUGCACAUGAGGACGGUGGGCCCCUUUCUGGGGGUCAGAUGCAUUAGCUGAACAUGCACUGAUUGAGAUGUCCCUCUCAAUGUGACAACGUCAGUAAGCUGAGGGAAAUGAAUUACUGGUAUUAAUCCUUCAUAUUGAAGGGAAAGCUGGGGGAGUGCAUGGCCACAGGAAACAGCUGAUUCAUUUGUAAUGAAGCAGAAAACUAAACCUCCUGCACCUUCUGUCACACGUAGAAAGUUCAGAAUCGCCUCGGUUGUACAAACAGGAGUCAUGCAGCCCUUCCUUUCCCUCCAUGUAGAUUGCACAUGUCUGUCUGGUAAAUGAGUUGAGUGAUGUAAUUCUGAGGAACUGAGCUGCUAUGAAGAUGUCACAAGAAAAGACUGGAAUGUGAUUGGUUGGCUAUGAAAGUGAGGAAGUUUGGAAAUGUGAGGUUCUGGUACGUGCAGAGAGAAGUGCUGUAAAGUCUGAAUGUGUCGUUUCCUUUAGCUGUUUUUACAAAGUGCAAUUGUUCAUGUACAGAAUGUGUGGAUGCAGCGGACAUGUUUCCUUUUCUCAGGCUGAAGAAAAGGUCCAAUCCGCCGCGUUUUGAGUCUCACUUGAAGGCGUGUGGCUGACGCGUCAUGUUGGUUAUGUAUUUCCUUUUCUGAAAUAAAUUUCUAUAUUUGUGCUAACGA